AUGAACGGGGUAGCGCGGCCUUCCGAGCACGAUGCAGGCCGUGCUAUUCGCUCAACACAAUCACCUUUGGAGUUUGAGUUGAUGGUCAAAAACCCUGUGGCGUAUCCCGCUCUUCGCCACGUCCCUUUGACUACUCUGGAGCGCGACGGGCUUCUGCGGCCCAGCAGGCUUCGCCGAUCAAAGUCCGUCGACUACCAGUAUAACGGUCUACGCCAACAUCCUUCACCCAAUAGCAAAAGCACGGCAAAAUUGAUGGAUGGUUUGCCUAUUUACGAGAAUGAUGAUGAGGACGACGACGAUGACGACGACGACGACAACAACAACGAUAUGUUCCACCUAGAUGCGCCCUCCAGUAGAACCUCCGACGAGAGCAGAUACCCGGUCCCCUUCCUCUGUGACGAACGACUUCGGGACCUGAAGAUCAGCUAUUGGACCGAUGUGUCUGUGACCGACGACUAUGCCGCGAGGGUCAUUUCGCUCUAUCUGGUCACCGACCACCCGCUGUUGGGCGUUUUCGACCCGCAUCUUUUCAUUUCUGAUCUCGUUGGACAACGGCAAACAUACUGUUCUCGCCUUCUCGUCAAUGCCCUCAUGUAUUGGGGCUGUCAAAUGUACACUGCUAUCGACCACGACGCUGUUCAUCUUGCCGAAUCAUUCUGUAAAGAAGCGGAGAGGCUUUGGGUCCUUGAAAAGAACAAUACCACCAUCCUUAAUGCCGCAAGCGCCCAACUGCUGAGUCUGGCUUAUUUGGGCCAUGGGAAAGAUCAUUAUGUCCUCAAAUACCUUGCUGCUGCGCUGCAAAUUGGCACCCGCAUGUCCCUGUUUGGUAUCGAAACAACAAAGGCGCUGGAGGAAAUGGAACGCUUGUCUCCGCAAACUCGGAGAGCAAAUUCGUAUACCGCUUGGGGAAUAUUCAACUGGGGAGUGUGA